AAAUUUUCUUAUCUUCGCGUAGACAGUACGUCUAUUCCAUUAGAUAAAGUUGCUUAUAAACCCACACGUUGGAUAGUCUUAGAAACAAUAUCUGUGGCACAGUGAGGUCCAUGAAAGUACUACAUCUAAUACAAAAAAUUCUCGUGUCACGGUGUACACUUGUACAUUUAGCAAAUAGAGCACGAGACAUUUUCUUGAUAUUCCGCUCAUCUGAAAGUGCUGAUUGAUGACAUGUGUUGCUCAUCAGGAAAAGUGCACCUACAUACCAGAAAUUGAGACACCACCAGAACCAUGGAACGGCUUGCUCAUCGGCACGGAUCCAAAUUCAAACAUGUUCCAUGCCCAUUCGGACAUUCAAUUCAUGCUACAGAAAGACAUUGUUUGGAGGAGCAGAAAUAGUUCUCAGCCCUGCGGAAAAUGGUUUGCCGGCCAGUUCAUCGUCAACGUCAGUUUGGGCACAGAUCUCUGGAUGAUGUGUGUCUCGAGCCAGAUCUGCAUGCACUUUGGAUAUCUGGCCAAGAAGCUGGCCGCAUACCUUCCAAGUCGAGAACGAGAACGAGCGGAUUGUGAGUUCUUGUGCAGCUUCGUGCAGAAACAUCAGCAGAUCCUCAGGUUGCACAAGGAGGUGAAUCAGGUUUUUGGCCUUCUCUUGGCCUCAAAUCUUUUUACCACAGCCAGUCUGCUCUGCUGUAUGGCCUUUUACACCGUUGUCCAGGGUCUGAAUGCGGAGGGAAUAUCCUACAUGAUGCUCUUCGCCAGCGUUGCUGCCCAGUUCUAUAUGGUCAGCUCCUAUGGGCAGCGGCUUAUCGACUUGAGUUUCAGCAUUUCCAUGGCUGCCUAUCUUCAGAAUUGGUAUGAUGGAUCCAUACGGUAUAAGAAAGACCUCCUCCUUAUUAUGGCUCGCGCCCAGCGUCCAGCGGAGAUAUCUGCAAAGGGAAUUAUCGUUAUAUCCCUCGAUACCUUUAAGAUCCUGAUGAGCAUCACCUAUCGAUUCUUUGCGGUUAUUCGCCAAACUGUGGGAAAGUGAUCUGUUUCGAGAAUAACCAGAAAAUGAUGUAUUUUUUCUUCAGUUUUUAAAAUAUGUGCAAACGUUAAUAACUUGUUAUUCUAUGUAUUGCAAAUAAACCUUUUUUUAUUUGAAUGA